UUUUAACGAGGGUUCUCCUCACGAGCAUGCGCAGUCCGCCAGCACACGUCGACGCCGGCCGAGAGCGAGCGUGAUUGACGUGUACGUCAGUGACGUCCGGGAGCGCGAGGACGUGGGGUUUCUGAGAGUGCGCAGUGGGUGCGUCGGCGACGACCCGUCGGCCUUUUUAGGGAGCGGGCGACGUUGAGAUGGGGGCUGCGGCCGCGGAAGCGGAUCGCACUCUGUUUGUGGGCAACCUUGAAACUAAAGUGACAGAAGAGCUCCUUUUCGAGCUUUUCCACCAGGCUGGGCCAGUAAUAAAAGUGAAAAUUCCAAAAGAUAGGGAUGGUAAACCAAAGCAGUUUGCAUUUGUGAAUUUCAAACAUGAAGUAUCUGUUCCUUAUGCAAUGAAUCUACUUAAUGGAAUCAAACUUUUUGGAAGGCCCAUCAAAAUUCAGUUUAGAUCAGGAAGUAGCCAUGCCUCACAGGAUGUCAGUUUAUCAUAUCCCCAGCAUCAUGUUGGAAAUUCAAGCCCUACCUCCACAUCUCCUAGCAGGUACGAAAGGACUGUGGAUACCAUGACUCCAUCAGCACAGCUGAUUCAGAGAUCUUUCUCUUCUCCAGAAAAUUUUCAGAGACAAGCAGUGAUGAACAGUGUUAUGAGACAGAUGUCAUAUGGUGGGAAAUUUAGUUCUCCGCAUCUGGAUCAAGCAGGAUUUUCCCCAUCGGUUCAGUCACAUAAUCAUACUUUUAACCAGUCUUCAAGCUCCCAGUGGCGCCAGGAUACACCAUCAUCACAGCGUAAAGUCAGACAGAAUUCUCAUCCCUAUGUGGCAGAUAGACAUUAUAGCUGUGAACAGCGUUACUCUGAUCACGGCUCCGACCAUCAUUACAGAGGAAGCAGAGAUGAUUUCUUCUAUGAAGAUAGGAAUCACGAUGGCUGGAGCCAUGACUAUGAUAGCAGAAGAGAUAGUAGUAGAGAUGGAAAAUGGCGCUCAUCUCGACACUAACAAGUGUUGAAAGGAUGUUUUUAUAGGGUCAUUCUAGGCCCUUUUGGCUAAGUUGGUGUGGGAAUGUUUUGUUAAAAAACUGUAGCAGCUUUACAAGUUGCCACAUUUCUUUAUAAAAAAUUUUUAAACCUAUAGCUACAGUCUAAUACGGAAAUGAGAAUUGUGGUUCCAGUUUUAUUACAUUAAUAACCUUUCACCUCAGGGUUUUGUGAAGAGGAAAGGGUUUUAUGCAAAAGUAAAUGCCACAAUUCAUAAUCAUUUUAGACAAUUGAGGAAGGGAUAUAUUAUAUGGAUUGGUUGUAUUAUAAAGCAAAUAUUUUAAUUAUCUUUGAUCUUUUUGUAUUGCAAGAAGUUUCUUGUUUGUGAAUCAGAUUUUAGUGUAUACAAUAGAAAACAUUCAAGUUGAUAGUCUGAAACGACCAUCAGUAUUUUGUUAAUAAAUGAGAAAAUGUAAUUUCAGUGAUUCAUUUUACUAACAUUUUAUUUGAGAAAGCUUGUUGGUAAAGUUUGGGGAUAAAUCAUAUUGUUUAACCUCUUAGAGAAUUUAAGUGUAAGUUCUGUGACGUGCUUUUUUUGAAUUUUACCCAAAAUGAACAUGUACAUAUAAAUUUACACAUGCUAUUUCAUUCUAAAAUUUUAGAAUUUGCUCAUUAAAUCAAAUUUGAUAUAUGACUGAAGUCACUCAGGAAGUUAAAUAUCUGUAAAUGUAUUUUUUUUACAUUAAAAAUACAGUGUUAGUGUGAAUCCCCUUUUUCAGGAAGAACAGAAAUGUAAAUACAUACUCAGAUAAAAUGGUUAAAUGUUUUACUGAAAGUAUACUCGUAUGGAAAAAAAGGUUCACAAAGCC